AAAACUUCCUCAGCCAGGUACACCAAACAUCUCCAGUGUCAACGUCCAACGUCAACGCCAACAAUCAAGAUGUCUGCCGUCAACAAGAUCGCCGCCAACAGCCCCUCGAGGCAGAACCCCUCUGAGCUCGAGCGCAACAUCGCUCAGGCUCUCUACGACCUCGAGACCAACACUGCCGACCUUAAGGCCGCUCUCCGCCCUCUGCAGAUCGUCUCUGCCCGCGAGAUCGAAGUCGGCCACGGCAAGAAGGCUAUUGUCAUCUUUGUCCCCGUCCCUUCCCUGCAGGGCUUCCACCGUGUUCAGCAGCGUCUGACCCGUGAGCUCGAGAAGAAGUUCUCUGACCGCCAGGUCUUGAUCCUCGCUUCUCGCCGCAUUCUCCCCCGCCCCAAGCGCUCUGCCCGCUCCCGCAACACCCAGACCCAGAAGCGCCCCCGCUCCCGCACUCUUACUGCUGUCCACGACGCUAUCCUCGCCGAUCUCUGCUACCCCGUCGAGAUUGUUGGCAAGCGCAUCCGCACCAAGGAGGACGGCUCCAAGACCCUCAAGGUCAUCCUUGACGAGAAGGAGCGUGAGGGUGUUGACUACCGUGUCGACACCUACGCUGAGGUCUACCGCCGCCUCACCGGCCGCAACGUCACCUUCGAGUUCCCCCAGACCUCUGCCUACUAAAUUUUGGUGGUAUGAUUUGGUUUGAAGGGAGCUUGGUGAUCUUUACGGUUUAAAAAUGAUGGACUGCACAUUUAGCAUCUUUGGUUGGUCAGGGCUAGGCGUCUUGAGAAAAGUAGCGUUGAUAAUGAUGCACGCUGCAUGAAUAAAAACAAUCAUAAAUC